CUUUUCGGUUUUAUUUUACAUUCAGAUAUAUCGUUUUGAUCAGAUCAUGACAAACCCAAAGAAAAGAGCAGAGAAACAAGAAGCAGCAAAGAACCGUGAAGAAGCUUUGCGAAAGGCAAAGAAGGAUGCUGAAGAGGAUGCUAAAUGGUCUAUUGGAGUAAAGGCUCCAAAUGCAAAAAAAGAACGAGAUUUACAGAAAAAAUAUGAAGCAGCAGUAAAAAAAGCAGAGAGGGAUGCUCUUGAAGUAAAAGAAACGGAAAAUAUUUUAUCAAAAAGUCAUAGAAGUGGAUCACAGAAAAAGAUGAAUCAUAACCGAGUUAUUAAUAAUUCUUGUGAAAAUGAAACUAUUAAGACUUAUUCUGCAUCAAAUAUUGAUGACGCUUUGGAACUACUAUCAUUACAAACUAAAGGAAAUACAAAAAUUAUGUCAGAAAUUGAUAGACAUCCUGAGCGGCGUUAUAAAUCAGCUUUGCUGGCAUAUGAAGAACAACGGUUGCGGGUUUUAAAAGAAGAACAUAAAGGUUUACGAUUGCAACAAUAUAAAGAUAUAAUUCAUAAAGAAUUUAGUAAACAUCCAGAUAAUCCGAUGAAUCAGUUAACAUCUAAAUAUAAUGCAACUAAGGAGGAGUUAAAAGAGAUUUCAGAAGCCGAAAGAAAAAGAAUUGAACAACGUUUUGAACAAAAAUAAUGAAUUUAGGAAUCUGAAUAAAAUCAUUUAUGAUAUAAAAUAU